AUGGCGGGUCGUCCUUCCAUCAAUUUCCCUCCGGGUGAGGUCGUCCUCAAUGUAAAAUUAAUCAAUCCGGUCAACUUCGGUCCGGCUAUAAUAAAGAGAUUCAUGGAGCCUCCAGUGCCAGGAGUCGAGAAAAAGAAGCCUGGUCCAGUUUUGACAUUUCUUCUUGAGCAUCCAUCUGGCCUGAGACUGGUAUUUGAUCUCGGUAUUCGUAAAGAUUACGAGAACUAUGCCCCUUCGAUUGCAAAUUAUAUCCCAACGACAAAUUAUGAUAUCCAAGUGACUGACAACGUCGCUGAUAUUUUGGAAAAAAAUGGUAUUUCAAAGAAGAGCAUCAAUGGCGUUAUUUGGAGCCACUGGCAUUGGGAUCAUAUCGGAGAUCCAUCGAGUUUUCCUUCAACCACCGACUUGAUUGUCGGCCAAGGGUUUUCGGAGGCCAUGCUUCCGGGCUAUCCCGCGAACCAGAAGUCUCCUAUACGUGAGAGUGAUUAUACUGGUCGAAAUUUACGAGAAAUCCGAUUUAAUGGCCCCGAUGCCCUCCGUAUCGGCCAAUUCCCAGCAGUUGAUUACUUCGGCGAUGGGUCAUUCUAUCUACUAGACAGUCCCGGCCAUGCAAUCGGUCAUCUCUGCGGCCUGGCCCGGACAACUGCCAACCCACCAACAUUCAUCCUCAUGGGCGGUGAUAUCUGCCACUACCCAGGGAUAUUUCGACCAUCCGAAUACUUACCUCUUCCUAAAUCUAUCUCACCACAUCCUUUCCGUCAAGACCAAAGUCUGCCUUUUUGCCCAGGGAGUGUCUUUGAAGAGUUACAAAGCUCUAGGGGAAGACGACCGACGGAUAGUUUAUAUGAUAUGUGCUUUGGGCAUGAUAUACCACUGGCAAUGAAGACAAGGAACCACUUGCAGGAACUUGACUGGCAUGAAGACGUUUUUACAAUUAUCGCACACGACGCGGCAGUCAGGGACGGGGUGGAUCAUUUUCCACAGAGUCUCAAUGCAUGGAAGAAAAAAGGAUGGGGAAGGAGUCUUAAAUGGAGAUGGUUAAGAGAUUUGGAGCCAUAUUGGACUUCGAGGGGCUUAAAUUGA